AUGAAUCUCAUCGGGAAGCUCCGCAGAAGCUUCCGAACGCUGGUCAUUCUCCUGGCCACCUUCUGCUUGGCAAGCAUUGUCAUCUCUGCCUAUUUCCUCUACACUGGCUACAAGCAGGAAAUGGCCCUGGUGGAAACCACUGGACAAGCAGAGUGCGAGGACCUUAAGCUUCUGCCCUACAGGUCUGCAGAGCUGAGAACACCUAAGCCAAUUGAUCCCUCUAGGACUGAUCCCACUGUGCUCCUGUUCGUGGAAAGCCAGUACUCCCAGCUGGGGCAAGACAUCAUAGCCAUCCUCGAGUCCAGCAAGUUUCAGUACCACAUGGUCAUUGCACCAGCCAAGGGGGACAUUCCCCCUCUCACAGACAAUGGGAGAGGGAAGUACACAAUUGUUAUAUAUGAGAAUAUUUUAAAGUACGUGUCCAUGGACUCGUGGAAUAGAGAACUUCUGGAAAAAUACUGUGUGGAAUACAGUGUUAGCAUAAUUGGUUUUCAUAAAGCCAACGAGAACAGCUCCCCCACUGUCAGGCUGAAGGGGCUGCCAUUACAGCUGUACAACAACGUGGCCCUCAGAGACUGCACGGUGAACCCUCAGUCGCCCCUGCUGCGCAUCACCAGAGCGCCCAGGGUGGAGAAGGGCGCCCUGCCCGGCGAGGACUGGACAGUGUUCCAGUUCAACCAUUCCACCUACCAGCCCGUGCUGCUGGCUGAGCUGCAGCCUGCCAGGCCCACCCCUGCCACGCUGCCCAGGGCUGCUCUCUAUGCAACCGUCAUCCAGGACCUGGGCCUGCAUGACGGCAUCCAGAGAGUCCUGUUUGGGAACAACCUGACCUUCUGGCUCCACAAGCUCAUCUUCAUCGAUGCCAUCUCCUUCCUGUCAGGAAAGAAGCUCACACUCUCCUUGGAGAGGUACAUCCUGGUGGACAUAGACGACAUCUUUGUCGGGAAGGAGGGGACGAGGAUGAAAAUUAACGAUGUGAAGGCUUUACUAGAGACUCAAAAUUUACUGCGCACUCAGGUUGCAAAUUUUACCUUCAACCUUGGAUUUUCAGGAAAAUUUUACCACACAGGGACUGAGGAGGAGGAUGAGGGUGAUGAUCUGCUGCUGAGAUCUGUGGAUGAGUUCUGGUGGUUUCCCCACAUGUGGAGUCACAUGCAGCCACACCUCUUCCACAAUGAGUCCUCACUGGUGGAGCAGAUGAUCCACAACAAAGAGUUUGCAAUAGAGCACGGCAUCCCGACGGGCAUGGGCUACGCGGUGGCUCCGCACCACUCCGGGGUGUACCCGGUGCACGUGCAGCUCUACGAGGCCUGGAAGAAGGUGUGGCACAUCAGGGUGACCAGCACAGAAGAGUACCCACACCUGAAACCUGCACGGUACAGACGGGGCUUCAUCCACAAUGGCAUCAUGGUGCUCCCUCGACAGACCUGUGGCCUUUUCACUCACACUAUUUUUUACAAAGAAUAUCCUGGUGGUCCUCAGGAGCUGGACAAAAGUAUCCGAGGAGGUGAACUCUUCCUCACCAUUCUCCUGAAUCCCAUCAGCAUUUUCAUGACCCACCUGUCCAACUACGGCAACGACCGCCUGGGCCUGUACACCUUUGCCAACCUUGCCAGCUUUGUCAAGAGCUCCACAAACCUGCAGCUGCAGACGCUGCCCCCCGUGCAGCUGGCUCAGAAGUACUUCGAGCUCUUCCCCGAGCAGACUGACCCUCUCUGGCAGAACCCGUGUGAUGAUAAACGACACAGGGAUAUUUGGUCCAGAGACAAAACUUGCGACCACCUGCCCAAAUUCCUGGUGAUAGGACCCCAGAAAACAGGAACAACGGCCCUUUAUUUAUUCCUUCUGAUGCAUCCUUCCAUUAUCAGCAAUCUCCCCAGUCCAAAAACUUUUGAGGAAGUUCAAUUCUUCAACGGCAACAACUACCACAAGGGAAUUGACUGGUACAUGGAUUUCUUCCCCACUCCUUCCAACAUCACCACCGACCUCCUCUUUGAGAAAAGUGCCAACUACUUCCAUUCUGAGGAAGCUCCCAAGAGAGCUGCUUCCCUCAUCCCCAAGGCCAAGAUCAUCACCAUCCUCAUCGACCCGUCCGACCGUGCCUACUCCUGGUACCAGCACCAGCGCUCCCACGAGGACCCCGCUGCCCUGAAAUUCAACUUUUACGAGGUGAUCACGGGCAGCCCCCGGGCGCCGCCGGAGAUGCGGGCGCUGCAGCGGCGCUGCCUCACUCCCGGCUGGUACGCGCUGCACAUCCAGAGGUGGCUCUCGCACUUCCCUCCCUCCCAGUUGCUCAUUAUUGAUGGACAGCAGCUGAGAAGCGACCCUGCUACUGUGAUGGAUGAAGUGCAGAAGUUUCUGGGAGUGUCUCCUCAUUACAAUUACUCUGAAGCCCUAACGUUCGACCCUCAGAAAGGUUUCUGGUGCCAGUUAUUGGAAGGAGGGAAAACAAAGUGCCUGGGGAAAAGCAAAGGUCGGAAAUACCCACCAAUGGACCAAGAGUCCCGAGCGUUUCUGUCGAGCUACUACCGAGAGCACAACGUGGAGCUGUCCAAGCUGCUGCACAGGCUGGGGCAGCCGCUGCCCUCCUGGCUGCGGCAGGAGCUGCAGAAGGUCAGGUAG